CGGCAGUCAGCAACUGAAGAGAAGGGACAGUGACAUUGGGCAACCUCCAGACUGGACAUGGCCCUGCAUGAAGACCCAGAGACGACACCAAGUCCUAACUCCUGUGAGGUGCCAAGGAUAGUCUCCAGCACCAUGCCUGGGCCCACCCCAGAUCAGGCCCAUGCUCCUCCCUCUACUCCUGGCUUGGCUCUCACUCCACCUCUUCAUCCAGCUCUGAGUCCUGGCCUAGAGGGGGUCCCUGGCCUAGUGUCUGAUGACAUCCCCAGCCCCAGUGCCUCCCUCCAGAUUGACAGCUGCUCUGUGAAAAAUAUGGACCAGGGCUUGAACCACAUCUCCAGGCCUGGCUCAGCAGAGAAACUCUGCUCAGCCUCAUAUCCAGUUCAGAAUCUCAGCUCUACCCAGACCACUAUUCUGAGUCCAAGGAACACUUCUAAACUGGGCUCUGAGGAUGUUCCCCAGUCCCUCUCAAACAAAGCUUUUGAUUUGGGCCAGUGUAACUCCAAUCCUUGCAAAUGUGAGCCAAACCCAUUUGUGAGGGCCCUUUCCAGAGACGCCCUGGUCCGGGGCCACAGUAUCUCCAGGCAGGGCUCACAAGUGCCCCUUCUUCAAGCCUCCAGCUCUUCUUUAGACUGCAUGCACUCUGCAAACAUCUCUAAGCUGAACCUAGGUAUAGGCCCAAACCCAAAUGAGGCCAUCAUGUUGACAUCACGUAGCAUCUUUGCAUCUGUUUCCAAAGAAGCACUGAGUGCAACCUGCAGGACAGACCCCAAGGCGUCCAUCAAUGUGAUCUCCAACAGCCAGCCCAGGCCUGGUCUGAAUGUGACUGUCACUCAAACCUCACGUGUCAGCCUGAUUCCUAACUCCAGUGAGGGUCUCAGCCAGCACUCUAGUGCCCAGGCACCCAAUUCCACUCUUUCUCGCUCCUCCUGCAUGACACUGAUCUUGGGCUCAGAGUCUCUGAGCGUAGACUCAAGCUUUAUGGUGAGUGACACCUCUACUCUGACCCUGAGCAGCCAGCAGGAUUAUUCAGAGGGCAACAGCAGCCACACCAUGCCCCUGGAGGAUAAUCUGGAGAAGUGUGGUGAAAUGGCCAGCCUACAGGGUGCCACAGCCUUUUGCAGCCCAUCUGAAGGAACCUCCGAAGAUGUGAAGGUCAAGGUGGCAGAAAAGAGAGAUGACAGCAAAACGGCUCUGGUAGACAACAUCAUCACCUUCCAGAAGAACCAGGAUCUGUUGGAAAUGAAAGGAGAAAAGGGGACCAUGAUGAAGAAGAUGAUGAGACAGAUCCAGGAGGAGCCGCUGGAUUCCCUUUUGAGCUCUGCCCACCGGCAGGCCAUGGAGACCCUGAUCCAGCUGAGUCACACCCAGCCCGUCAUGAGUGUUCAAGAGAGGAUAGAGCUGGUGAAUACCUGUGUGCGGAGUGUGUUCUUGCUGCCCUCGGUGCAGGCCAUGAAGGAGAAAGAUGAAGCCAAAGCGGAGGUUAUCCAGACACUUUACCAUCAGACCCUGGAUGCCUUGCAGAAACUGCUGAAUGCCCUGUUUAUUGAAGACCCCACUCCUGUUGGACUGAAGAGCAUCUUGGAGCUCCUGGGGCCCUGGAUGAACUCUGGGAAAGCUCAUGAGCGAGCUCGGGCUGUGAACAGCAAUGUCUCUGUGUUGAACCACACGCUUGUGAACCUGCCUUUCUUCGUGUCAUCGGGGUUCCCAGCACUGGGUCUUCUGCUGGGAAGGCUUCUCCUUCGCAUUGGGGAUCCUGAUGAAGAGAUUGGCCGGGAGGCUCUGGAUGGCAUCACCAUCCUCUACACUAUCCUGGAGCUCCAAAAACGAGCCAGAGACAAAGAAGAUAUCAACAAGAAGGAACUGUAUGAGAACAACAAGUGCUUCCUGGGGCCCUACAACCCUGUCAGCCCGUGCCAGAACAUCCUGCGCGUCAUCGCGGAAUUCGAAGACUUCCUGGGUCCCCAGCAGAUAAAAGACCUGCUGCUGGCAGCCCUGGAAGGACUGAAGGAUAUCUCAGAGGCUCAGGGGACGGACUCCUGGGAGAUGAUGCAGCUUGCCUCCGAGGUCACGCUCAGCUCAGUGCUGGAGUGGUACCGCCACAGGGUGCUGGUGGUGAUCCCAGAAAUCAUGCAGGGCAUCUAUAUGCAACUGAGCCACAUCCAGGAGCCACGGGCCCGUGAGGUGGCCCUGCUGCCCAUCUCCUUCCUGGCCAGCUCCUUCAUGACCGAGGUCGUGGUGGCCCUGCUCAUGUGCCCACUCCCGCUGGACAGCAAUGGGGCAGAGAUGUGGAGACAGUUGAUACUGAGAAAGCCCAGCUGUGAUGUCCGGGACCUGCUGGAUUUGCUUCUGAACAGCCUGAAGGAGAAGCCCAUUACUAAGAAGGGUCGGGCCUCCAUUGUGCCCUUGGCGGCAGCCAGUGGCUUGUGUGAGCUCCUGUCCGUCAACAGCUGUGUAUGUCGAGUGAGGCGCAUCUACCCUCAGCUGCUCCUGGCCCUGCUCAUUCAGGUCCAUUACCACAUUGGCCUCAACCUGCCUAGCCGAGUGGCUUCUCAAAAGGAUGCCAAGGAUGCCGCGCAACCUCCUGUCUUCAUACCUGUGUGCUGGAUGGUGAAGGUGGUGAAAACUCUGCUGCUGAAGAUGGGCUGCUCUUAUGAGGCCAUGUUUUUGGAGGACCACAGUGGCUGGGAGCUCAUGGUCCAGGCACAGAACCACCACCGGGGAGUGUCCCUGCUGGCAAGGGCCAUGGUGCACUACUCCUGCCAGGAGCUCUGCCGCGUCCUCUACUUGCUCAUCCCGCUCCUGGAGCGAGGCGACGACAAACACAGGAUCACCGCCACCGCCUUCUUUGUGGAGCUCCUCCGGAUGGAGCAGAUGCGCCGCAUCCCAGAGCAGUACUCCCUGGGGCGGAUGGUAGAAGGCCUGAGCCACCGUGACCCCAUCAUGAAGGUUCUGUCCAUCCGGGGCCUGGUCAUCCUGGCCCGUAGAGCUGAUAAGAGGGCCAAGGUGCAGGCCCUGAUGCCCUCCCUGGUGAAGGGCCUGAAGAACAUGGAUGGGGUACUGGUGGUGGAGGCUGCCCAUGACCUCAAGGCCAUCUUCAAGGGGCAAGGCUGGAAGCUGGCAGCUAGCUCAGUCUAUGUGGAAAUGCUGCAGAUCCUGCUGCCUCACUUUAGUGAUGUGAACUCACAUCGAGACAGCGUCUUCACCUUCCUCAGCCAGAGCCUGGAGUAUGCCAAGAACUCACGGGCCUCCCUCCGGAAGUCCUCUGUCAUCUUCAUAGGAUCCCUGGUAUCCUGCUUGGAGGACAUCAUGACCAAAGAGCAGCUGAAUGGAGUGAAAGCCACCCUGGGGAACUUGAGACACGAUCCAGAAGCAUCAGUGUGCAUCUAUGCAGCCCAGGCCCAGGACCACAUCCUGGCCUGUUGCAGGCAGAACUCUUGGCCUCUGCCACAUGGGGAUUCGUGGGUGUGUGACCUAUCCAGCACACACCGCUGGAGCUCCAGCUGUGAGAACCUGCCUACCUCCCACCAGCGGCGCUCCUGGAUCAUGCAGGCCCUGGGCUCCUGGAAAAUGUCCUUGAAGCAAUGA